AUGGAUAGGAGGAGGCGUUCCCUGGAUGAACGCGGAUUAACCGACCGCGUCGCGUCGGGAGGGAGAGACGAUCCGUCCGUCGCGGGCGUGGAUGAAUGUAGGAUCAGGUGGUUUGGAAGAUUUACUUUCUUCAUCACUUCCUUGGAUUUCAUUUCCGACCAUCACAUCACACUGAUCGUCCUCCUUGCUCGAUCUUGGUAUUCGCUUCCUGUAUCUACUCGUUUUGCCAUCCACGAGCAAUGCGCCACGGCCGACUCUUCCUCCUGCCUGACUGCACAUCCGCCAAUAAUCCCUUUACCCUCCCGCCCCAUUGGCCCACAGUUGAGCACAUCUGGAUCUUCGGUCGCUAAUGGAGACGUGAAACAGAGCGAGAUGCUAUUCCCAUGUUUCGGCCAUCUACCUGAGAAACCCGUGGAACCGUCCUGCCGACAGAGCAUUAACUGGAUCAAUCUGAUCGAGUCGCAAAUGUGGAGCCCUCUUUCCGAUAGUCGAGAUCGAGUGCGCGCAUCUGGUCUAUGUGACUGCUCGUGGCUUGGAGCACACACCAGCCGUCACUUUGACAGGAUCUGGCUCCUCGUGCGUCUAGAUCGACCGCCAUUGUAUCCUGGCUCAAUGUGCAUGACAGCGCACGCUCGACUGGCUGAUCUGAUCCACAAUGACUUCUACACUGACAUUUCCGGCAACAGCAUAUCGAGCACGGAGUAG